AUGGCAAAACAAGAUGCAAAGCAUAAUGUAGCAAGGCGGGAAUUUUUAGAGGUCAACACUUUUGGUGAUGGAGCAAAUGAAGAAAAUGAGUAUAUUGAGGUGGCUAAAAAGAAGUAUUCUCAUUUGAAAAAUUUUUUUUUGUCAGAAGGAGAACAGAGUGGCCUUGGUAGGAGACAUAGAAAAAGCAUUUUUGAACGUAAAGUAGACAAAGCAGACAGGGACUAUUUAAGAUUUCUGUGGGUUAGAGAUGCGACAAAUGCCAAUUUAGAGGUUGUUGUUUACAGGUUUUGCAGAGUAGUGUUUGGAUUAAAUGCUUCGCCAUUUUUACUCAACGCCACGCUUAGGCAUCACAUAGCGCAGUUUGCAGAAUCACAUCCAGUGCUUGCUCAAGAAUUGAAUGAAGGAUUUUACGUUGAUGACUUAGUUUUGGGGGGCAAAAGCGCACACGAAACGAUCGAUUUAUAUGAAAAUGCGAAAUUUAGAAUGUCUCAAGGCGGGUUUAAAUUAAGGAAAUGGAAGACAAAUGACGCAAACGUACGAGCGCAUAUAGAACAGCGUGAUUGCGAGAACAAUGUCGUGCAGGUGACAGAUCCAGACGAUGAAACAUUCACACAAUGGAGUUUGGGAGUCCAAAAUAACGAUGAUUACACAAAAGUUUUAGGUAUAUGCUGGGAUUGCGGCAAUGACCUGUUCAUGUUCGACCUACAAAAGUUUGUAGUAGACUUGAGUCACAAGAAGCUAACUAAACGAAACCUGCUGAGCGCAUCAGCAAAGAUAUUUGAUCCGCUAGGUUUAAUUAGCUGCGUAAUAGUUUUGAUGAAAAUCUUGUUUCAACAGUUGUGCGUAGAAAAGAUUGAUUGGGAUGACGAGAUAAGAGGAAAGCACGCCGGUCUAUACACUGAAUGGAUUGAAGAUCUAAACCGUGUUAAGACUAUUAAGCUAAAUAGAUGCAUCUAUAGUGGUGUGAAGGGCAAAAUUCAAUCUUUUGAACUUCACGGGUUUGGUGAUGCAAGCGAGAAAGCGUAUUGCGCGCUAGUAUAUUUUGUUUGUCGCACGAGUGUUGGAGUCUUUGUGAAAUUGUUAACAGCAAAAACUAGAGUUGCGCCGCUGAAGAAUUUACUAUACUGCGCUUAG